ACAGCGCCGGGAGCACUGCCCUGCGCCCUCCUCUGCGGCCGGGAUGCGGCUCUGAGCUGGGGCGGCGUGCAGCCGGCCGGGCCGCGCAGGAUGCUCGCGCGCGCGCCUGGCCAUCAUGGUACUGGGAGAGAAAGUCCCAGCUGUGUAGACAGAAGACGUCCACAUACCAACAAAGUGGUCAUACUGCACUGAGCUCCAGAGGAGGUGCACCUGUCGUCCUUUAACCACUUGACUUUAAGAGGCAUCAAAGUGAUUCGUGAGUGACAGAAUCAUCAUUUUUGAUCAACAAACCAAGCCCAGAACCUGAUGGUGUGGAAUGCUGACGGCUCUUCUACGCGAAUUUCCUCUUAGUGUCUACUCUGUGGCUGGGCUUACCAACCAGAGGGUCUCUUACCCACCCAAAAAUGGCUGUGCUGAAGACGAGGGUCAUGUAUACUUGCCUGCUGGUGACAGGGUUGCUCUGUCUGUACUUCAGCAUGGAUUCUUUUAAAGAAGCGACAUUUAUUUUUAAGAAAAACUACGGGCAAUUCCUUCAGCUCCCAGAUAUCGACUGCAGGCAGAAGCCCCCCUUCCUCGUUCUGCUGGUCACAUCUUCCCCUCAGCAAGUGGCAGCUCGCAUGGCUAUCCGGGAGACGUGGGGCCGAGAGCAGAAAGCGAUGGGACAGUGGGUGAGAACUUUCUUCCUCCUGGGGACCACGGCCAGCAAGGACGAGAUGACAGUGGUAUCCCAGGAGAGCCAGCAGCACAGGGACAUCAUCCAGAAGGACUUCAAGGAUGUCUAUUUCAACCUGACCCUGAAGACCAUGAUGGGCAUGGAAUGGGUCCACCGCUUUUGUCCGCAGGCAGCUUUUGUGAUGAAAACAGACACAGAUAUGUUCAUAAACAUCCACUAUCUGACCGAACUCCUGUUGAAGAAAAACAGAACGGUGGAGUUUUUCACGGGCUACCUGAAGCUGAAAGAGUUUCCGAUCAGGAACAAGUUCAGUAAGUGGUACGUGAGUCAGUCUGAAUAUCCGUGGAGCAAAUACCCGCCCUUCUGCUCCGGUACUGCCUACGUCUUCUCCAGCGAUGUUGCGAGUCGGGUGUACAACGUCUCCGAGAGCAUCCCGUUCAUCAAACUGGAAGACGUGUUUGUGGGGCUCUGCCUGGCCAAGCUGGGGAUCCUGCCGGAGGAGCUCCACUCCCAGAAGACCUUCUUCCCCGAGGGGCUGCGCUUCUCUGCCUGCCGCUUUAAGAAGGUGGUGGCCUGCCACUACGUCAGGCCCCAGGAGCUCCUCAUCUACUGGCAGGCGCUGGAGGCUUCCAAGGAGGGAGACUGCAAGGGUGUCUGAGCGGGGCCGGGCACA